AUGCGGCAGGGGCGAAGCCACUCGCGUCCCAACACCGCUUACGGCAAGGAAUUGGGACUUGCCUUAAGUGGACUUCAUGUCGUACUUGCUACCCUCAAGGCAAAACUCUACACCACCCACUCCAGACCGAAUUCUCAUCCACUUCGGUUCCCUCACCAUUCCCGAGCUCGACGGUUAACCAAGUUUCCACACUCCAGCAUGCAGUUUUUGAUACAUAUUAUAGCUCUGAAUCUUUUGGUUUUCGGAUUCUGCAUUGCGAACGAACAACAAGACAAAGACAACAAAUGUACUCUUUUUUGCUACAGACCUGAGCCGGAAUCGCCCUUGCAAGCAAUUUGUGGAACCGGGAACCGGAAUCGCUUUGAGGCAGAGCCACAUAGUUAUACAGUGAAACCGGCCAAUCCAACCAAAAAUCUUCCGGGAGGUAUCAUAGGAUAUUUUAAUUGCGUUGGCACGCAAACUGAUAACUCCUACUGCUGUAACACCCCAAUCAUUUUCCCCAAGAGCAAUGUAACGACUAUUCCACACAAGCAAUUUAUCGCGCAAUGCACCGCCACUGGACCGAUGAGGGUCACACCAAAACAGUGUGCUUAG